GCAGAGUUCACGUUAGCAACAGACUUCAGAGUGCUGAUAACUGCUGUGGAUCUAUCUGCACCAAAUAAGAAGAGAAAAAUGGAGCCAACUGACGGUCCUUACGAGUACUACGACUACGACGAGUCGGAGAACUCCACCAUGUGUGACUAUUCUGAGUGGACGCCGUCGUACUCCGUCAUCCCGGUGCUGUACAUGCUUAUCUUCAUCCUCGGCCUCUCUGGGAACGGAGUGGUGAUCUACACCGUGUGGAGAGCCCAGGGCAAGAGGCGAGCUGCUGACGUCUACAUCGGCAACCUGGCCCUGGCUGACCUCACCUUCGUGGUCACUCUGCCUCUGUGGGCCGUGUACACCGCCUUGGGCUACCACUGGCCCUUCGGAGUGGCCCUGUGCAAGAUCAGCAGCUACGUGGUGCUGCUCAACAUGUACGCCAGCGUCUUCUGCCUCACCUGCAUGAGCUUCGACCGCUACCUGGCCAUCGUCCACUCCCUGUCCAGCACCCAGCUGCGCACCCGUGGCCACAUGCAAGCCUGCCUGGCCGCCAUCUGGGUGCUGUCUGGUGUCCUGGCUGCACCGACUCUGCUCUUCCGCACCACCAAGCACGACCCGUCCAGCGACCCGUCCUUCAACCGCACGACCUGCGGCAUGGACUUCAGCCUGGUGGUGACCAAGAAAAGGCAAGAGAACCUGUGGGUCGCUGGUCUCAGCAUCUCCUCCUCCGCUCUGGGCUUCCUCCUCCCCUUCUUGGCGAUGAUGGUGUGCUACGGCUUCAUCGGCUGCACCGUCACCCGCCACUUCAACACCCUGCGCAAGGAGGACCAACGCAAGAGGAGGCUGCUGAAGAUCAUCACCACGCUGGUGGUGGUGUUCGCUGCCUGCUGGAUGCCCUUCCACAUCGUGAAGAGCGCCGACGCCCUCUCCUACCUGGAGUUCUUCCCCGCCACCUGCGACUUCCUGCGCUUCCUGCUGCUUGCUCACCCCUACGCCACCUGCCUGGCCUACGUCAACAGCUGCCUCAACCCCUUCCUGUAUGCUUUCUUCGACCUGCGCUUCAGAUCCCAGUGCCUUUGCCUGCUGCACCUGAAGAAGGCCCUGCACGCCAGUCCCGCCGGCUCCCUGUCCUCGCAGAAGACGGAGGCUCAGUCUCUGGCCACGAAGGUGUGACGACAGCUGAGGGCCCAGAUGCAUGCUGGGGAAGAGGCGAACAAUGCAGAACAAUGCAGGUGAAUCAAAACUGUACGGCGAUGGGUGCUUGCUCACAGAUCGUCUUCAGGUCCUCUCUGACUCUGUGGACUAUUGUAAGGACUGAAGACAACAGUCAGACUUGUGGUUUUGGGGGGUCUGACCACUCUCAAACUUUCAGGUGCAAGGAAGCAAAACUGUUUAAUACAAGGGACCAAGCAUGAAGCAAACUUUUUUUAUUUAAAAAGUGGAAUGUAUUUGCACGUAUCCUCAUGUGGUUCUCCUGUGGACUUUUAUGCAAAAUACUGAGCUUUUGAAAUCUUGUCCUCAAGUCCCGGUGAAGUGUGUUACUCAUGAAUUUGUCCCCGCUGUUCUUGUUUUCAUUUGUAAGCACUUGAGGUGUGAUACCCACCAGACUGUAGUAUCUGUAUCACAGCCAGCAGUGUUACGUAUGUGUGUGUCUGUGUGUGUGUAGAAAGGGUGUGCCAGUCGGUAAGAGGUGUUGGAGUCUUAAAGGGGAGUCGGGGGGUGGUGAGUCCCAGACAGACAGACAGACAGAUGGCAGCUGACAAAUGUUUUCAGGCUGGUGGAAAGCCCAAUUAAAAGGUGACUGCUUUGACAGUCUGCCAGUGUGUGUGUGUGAAGGAAUGAGUGUUUACUGAGCGUCAGAAUGAUCAAUGAAUUUAUUCCUGACGAAUAAACAUUAUGUGAAUACACAUCAUUUUUUGGAUUGUUUAUGAUUUGUAAUAAAAAAAAAGUGCUUUGAAAAAACACAAACAUC